CCAGCGGUUGCCUAGCAACCGCAGUCAGAUGACUGUCUGCAGACAGAACAUGGCUGACCUGUCAGAAGUCCAAUGAGGGAAAGGCCGAAUUUAGCAUAAUCGAUCAUUUGUUCGCCGUCUUUUCUCAUCGCAUUCCAAAGCGGUUCUUUGAGCCAGACGUCUUUGAGAUGAACGGGAUGUCAGAUGGGAUGUCGAAUGGCCCGGACGGGAGUGAGCACCCCGGUAAUGAUGCUCAGGUUUGGGAGAGACCGUGGACCCUCGACGAGAUGCGGCAGAGCAGCGCCAACUGGUCUCUCGCGGCCGACUCGGGGCUCUUCUUAUUCCUUCAAGACUUCUCUCAGAGAAUGCUCUCCAGGACACAUGAGAUGGAAAAGCAGCUGGACAGCUUGAUCCGAGACACCAAGGCCACCGAUAGCAGUCUGCACUCGGUCUUCAACGACUUCCUCAUGCUCUCCAAUACGCAGUUUAUCGAGAAUAGAGUGUACGAUGAAGAGGUUGAGGAGCCCGUGCCCAAGACUGAUGCUGCGGACAAGCAAGCUGAUCAGAAAAGCCGUGAGCAGAAAGAAGCCGAGCUGAUCCCCAAAAUGCAGGAAGCGGUGACUUACGGCCUGAAGGUGCUGGAGUCCGCCUUCGAGCACCUGGACAUCAAAGCUGGAAACUCGGACUCCGAGGACGAGGAGGCCAGUGACAGAUUAGAGGCAAUCCUUGAGCCUAAGGACCUCUACGUGGACAGACCUCUUCCUUUUCUGAUUGGCUCCCAAGCCUUCAUGGAACAAGAGGACGUCGGCCUUGGUGACCUGUCUAGUGAUGAACUGUCAGUGGACAGCGAGAGAGACAGCGUGAUCGACAGCGAAGACAUCAAAGAUGAAGAUAAUUCCGACGAGGACUUUAUGCAGGAGGCCGAUCGUCAUAGUAACAAGAAGAAGGCGUCGUCUAUGGUGAGCUCGGAAGAGGAUGAAGACGAUGAUGAUUCUGAUAUAUUUGGAGAGUCGGACAAGGAGGAGGAGGAUGCAAAGAGCGCAGGCCCGUCGUCGUCUUUUGCCGAUGAGCUGGCCGCCAGGAUCAAGGGCGAAGUGGUUAGCAAACCGACGGGAGAUCGAGCCUCCUUGUCGUCAAGGAAGAAAAGCAAAAGCAGAAAAGAAGCAAAGUCUGCCAACUCGCAUGCGGACGAAGACGACAGCGACGACAUGUUCAAACCUCCAAAAAUGGAGUCGGAUGACGACAAAGACGACGAGGAUGAAUUCUCGCCGUUUGGCGGGAAAAGCGGUCUCUUCAGCGGGGGGAAAGGCCUCUUUGACGAUGACGACGAAGGUGAUUUGUUCUCUGAUGCACCAAGGCUUCCUGUGUCCAAAGAAGAGAAGUCAACAAACGAAAGCAUCAAAACCGCCACUAAAGCUGCAGAGCCUGACAAAGCCGGCAAGAAAAUUCCACCUGGCGCCGUUUCAGUAUUUCCAGACAACAACCUCUUCAAUCCAGUGGGUGACGGAAUGGCUAGCAGAGAAAACGGAGCGUCGACCGGCAAAUCCCAUGUCACUCCAAAACCGGCCCCAGUCGCUGGGGGACUGUUUGAUGAAGAGGAUGAUGACCAAGAUGACUUCUUCAGUGUCUCACAGGUCAAACCCAAACAGGCCCCUGACCUUUUCAAAGACGAGGACGGUGACAUAUUUAGCGAGAAGGCAGCUCAGAAAAAGGAGGCGGAACAGCCGCUUGCGCAAUCGGAGAAGAAGAUGCCUGCGGGUGCCAUCUCCAUGUUUGGCCCUGGAACACAAAGCUUACUCUCUGAAGGCCUGAAGAAACGUCAAACCUCCCGCAGCGACGAGUCUGACAAAUCUGAGAAGAACGGGCUGAAUCCAGAUGUUGGACCAGCUGUCACUCAGACCCAGAAACCUCUCACAAGUCGUCUCUUCUCUGAUGAUAAAGACACCCAAAUUUUUCCGACUAUCCCCAAGAGUCAGUCGGAUCCCCACACGAUGAGCCAGAGCAGAAUCAACAAGCCUCCUCUGUCCUUAUUCGAUGAUGAUGAUGAAGAGGAUCUCUUUGCAUCUGCUUCAAACUCCAAGCCCAAAUCGAAUCCAGCUAAAACAGCCACGCAGCAGCCCAGUAAAGCUCUCUCUAGCUCCCUCUUCAGUGACGAUGAGGACCAGUGGUUAAGCCCUCAAAUGAGUGCUACCACGCAAGAAAGCCAGACGGGAGGAAUGAAACCAAGCGCCAGCGCCCCCUCCAGUCUCCCAAGUGUUAUGACGUCGCAGAAAGGCAGCCUCUUUGACGAUGACGAUGAUCUCUUCGCUCCGGUGAAAGAGUUGAGUCCGAAGACACCCCAGAGAAGUCUUUUGUUCGAGGACGAGGAUGAUGAAGAUAAAGGAUCCCUGUUUGGAAUCAAAACCGACGAGGUCAAAAACGCAGCAGCUAAACCUACGUCGCUGUUGGAAAAAUCACCAGAUUCGGCUAAGAAGGGAUUGAAAGAAAAACCAUCAGUGCCACAGAAACCGCCAGCGAAGCCCCCGGAGACCCCAUCGCCGUCGUCGGAGUCCACCGAAAUUAAGAAGAAGCCCGUUGGAGCCGUCAGCCUGUUUGGGGGCAUUGACGUUCUGGCCAAAAAGCAAGCAAAGAGCAUUUUGGAUGAAGACGACGACGAACGUGACGGCCCGCCGCCGAUGGUCAACACGCAAGAGAAAGUCAAAAGCAAUGCUUUCAGUCUGUUUGAUGAUGAUGAUGAACAGGAGGAUGAGCAGGAUCCAAUUUUCAACGCCAGUAAACCUACAGCCAGAAACACCGCAAAGCCCGCAGAGGAGCGACCGCAGGCAAAAAGCACCGGCGUGUUCCAGGAUGAGGAAUUGUUGUUUAGUCCCACAAAGCAGAAGGACAACGAUCCAGACGUCGACCUCUUUGCCGUCUCGGAUAAAACCACGAGCUCCGAGCUCAGCUCGGCAAAGCCGGCGCCGCCGAGUUUGUUUUUGGAAGACGAGGAAGACGACCUGUUUGCCUCCAGCAAGCCCCAAUCGCCAUCGAAAGUAGCAGCGAAACACAGUACGUCGACUGACAGGCCGCCGCCAGUCAGGCCAGAAACAGUUUCGGAAAUUCAGAAACCUGCACUUCUAAGUCCUGCAGAACCAAAAGAGCCGACGUCAAGGAUCGGCAAACUUCAAGCAAGUCUGAAGAUCAACCCUGCUGCAUUUUUCCCUGGCUCAGCCCCCAGCAUGCCGGGGGCCGUCAGCGUACUCCCGGGUCUGGAUCCCAGUUCCUCCUCUGGGGUCUCCAGCUCCAGCAUAAGCCCCAGUCCCGCCACGACGCCAAUCGGCGCCCGGACGGACAGUGAGCCGGGAAUCGGCUUCGACGCGCCGCUCCAGGUUCCGACUUUGCAGAGCGCAAACAAGAAUCGUGUGAGAGCUUCCAUACGUCGCAGACCGCAGUCCAGAGCAGCGAGGCAAGCGUCUCAAAGAUCAGCAGACGACCAAGAGCAACGAGAGGACAAUCCCCCUGGAGCCUCCACCUCCGACUUGUUUUCUUCCGUCCCGCCCCCGUCAGACCACUCAAGCCAGACUGCUAUCCCGCAGAACUCCGCUCCUAUUACAUCCUCGCCUCCAUCUUCUCAAAUGUCCACUGAGCCUUCUUUGCCGACGCCGCCUGUAUCUAAACACCCCAAGAAGCAAGACUCUAGUAAGGACAGCAACCAAGGCAAGGUCCCGCUCCCUUUUGAGGAGGAGGAGGACAUUUUUGCUUCAGACAGUAUUUUCACAAGCACGCUUGCCGCCAGCGUCUCCACCAAGAAGGCCGAACAUCCGCCUGCGGCGGCACCGAAGAAAGACCUCAGCAACCUCCCGUCAAUUUUCGACGACAACAGCGAUGACCUUUUCCAGACAUUGAAACCAAAGUCGGCAACAAAGGUGGCCAAGACGUCGGCCUUUUUGGAAGACGAUGACGACAAUGACGACUUCUUUGGAGUGAAGAGCAGCUCGGCGGCUACGUCCGCGAUUAGCAGCGACGUCAAGAGCGGCAACAGCUUUCCCAAGCAAGAUAUUUUUGAGGAUGACGUUGCCAUCUUGCCUAAAGCCCCCAGAAAGGAAAAAGACAAGCCCAUCGACGUCAGUCUGUUUGACGACAACGUCGACAUCUUUGCCGACCUGGCAGACUCUUCCGCACCGAAACAAAAGAAGAGCAAAGCCAAGGCGGCCGGCGGGUCCAUCUUUGAUGACGACAUGGAUGACAUAUUUGCACCAAGUGCAGUCAAAACGGCGACCAAGGUGACUCCGAAAGCAAAGACCUCGCCUCCCUCCCAGAAGACCAGCACAGCAGUGGACACGAGUAACAUAUUUGAUGAUCCACUUAAUGCUCUGGGGAAGAAUUGAAGUCGAUUUGUACAGUUAUGGAUCAACUCCGUAGUAUUUUUUUGGAUUGCUGAACCCGCAAGAGAUCGGGCACACAGUCUUGAUUGAUGGAGCAUUCCCAAAUUCUCAUCCAUUCGUUGCCUCGCAUCUUUAUUUUGUAAUAUUUAGUACGGACUGUUAAUAAUUAGACAUGAUAGCACUUUAUGAAGAUACCGUUGUGCUUAGUUAGACGCUGAGGCUAACAGUAGAUUUGCUUUUUUUUUUUGCUUUGCCAUGUUGAGAUUUCCUGUCUAUAAGUGCCAUGUCAUUUUCGUCAAGGCAGUUCGUAAGAGUUUUGACACUCAUCCAUUUCUUAACUUUUGCUGUGAGAAAACUAGAAAUGGCAUUUUUAUCUACUAAAAUGAAACAUUUUAUACAAUCUAAGAUGUGUGGUUAUUUUUGGGGGGGGGGGGUAUUUUCUUUUUUUGAAUGCUGUAAAAAUGAAGAGCUCUUUUCCAAAGCACAAUAAAACCAUUAAAUUACAUUA